AUGGAGAAGGAAAACCAAACCAGCAUCACAGAAUUCCUCCUCCUGGGACUAUCCGACCGGGUGGAGCAGCAGCAGCUCCUCUUCGUGCUGUUCCUCUGGUUGUACCUUCUCGGCGUUGUGGGGAGCCUGCUCAUCGUCCUGGCCAUCGGCUCUGACCCACACCUGCACACUCCCAUGUACUUCUUCCUCACCAACCUCUCCCUAGCCAACAUCUGCUUCCUGUCCACCAUGGUCCCCAAGAUGCUGGUCAACAUUCAGACCCACAUCAAAUCCAUAGCCUACACUGGCUGCCUGGCGCAAAUGUACUUCUUCCUUCUAUUUGGAGGCCUGGACCACUUUCUCCUCACUGGGAUGGCAUAUGACCGUUACGAGGCCAUAUGCCACCCCCUCCACUACACCACCAUCAUGAGCCCACGGCUCUGUAGCCUACUGGUUGCUGGAUCUUGGAUCGUCAGUUCCCUCCAUGCCCUGACACACACCCUAUUAGUUACUCGGUUAAGAUCCCCCGGCCCCAUGGAGGGGGGAAACCAAACCAGCAUCACAGAAUUUCUCCUCCUGGGACUGUCCAACCAGAUGGAGCUGCGGCAGCUCGUCUUCAUGCUGUUUCUCUGGAUGUACCUGCUCGGGGUCCUGGGGAGCCUGCUCAUCGUCCUGGCCAUCGGCUCUGACCCGCACCUGCACAACCCCAUGUACUUCUUCCUCACCAACCUGUCCCUGGUCGACAUCUGUCUCCUGUCCACCACGGUCCCCAAGAUGCUGGUCAACAUACAGACCCACAAGAAAUCUAUAUCCUACACUGGCUGCCUGGCCCAAACGUAUUUCAUCAUUCUGUUAGGAGGUCUGGACCACUUUCUCCUCACCGCUAUGGCAUAUGACCGCUACGUGGCCAUAUGCCACCCCCUCCACUACACCACCAUCAUGAGCCCACGACUCUGUACUCUGGUGGUUGCUGGCUUCUUCUGUGAACUUUAUGAGGUCCUAAAGCUUUCCUGUUCUAGUAUCGUCAUCAACGAAGUAAUGAUUCUUGUCCUUGCAGUAGUGAUUGGGGUAGGUCCCCUCACCGGGCUCCUGUCCUCUUACAUUCGCAUUAUCUCCACCAUAUUGAGAAUCCCAUCUGCAGGGGGAAGGUGGAAAGCUUUCAGAACCUGUGGUUCUCACCUGUCCGUGGUUUCUUUAUUCUACAGCACCACUCUUGGGAUCUACCUUUGUCCACCAUCUACCCAAACAUUCAGUAAAGGUACGAUAGCGUCUGUGCUGUAUACAGUGGUCACCCCCACAAUGAAUCCCUUCAUCUACAGCCUAAGGAACAAGAACAUGAAAGAGGCCCUGAGAAAUGUGUUCAAUAGAAAAAGUGUCUUCUUUCGAGUAUUCUGA